ACAAGAUACAAGUAAAAUAUGCUUGAAAUCAAUUUAAUUGGUGAACUACAAUCUGAGCAAUAACAUUUGGUUUCAUAUUCGUUUGGAGCAGAGUAACGCAAUUAUCAUGCAAGCAAGAGUGAGCUAUCAAUUCAGAAGUCUUGGAACAUUGCAACAUGGGCUAACAAUAUCAAGGCUGAAUGCAGAAUGUAGUCAAGACAAUGCCAACCAACCAGUAAAGACUGUUACAAAAGCUCCCGAAAUAAAGAGAGACAUCUUUUGGAGCAAGGGUUUCGACAUGCUGAUACCACAUACGUGCAUCGAGAACAAAACAAAAGGCGAGUACUUUGUCAAAUGCACAAGUCGUCCUGAACGUUUCCAUGAGUUGAACAUUAGUCAUUUACCAGCGGAUAAAGGAGCCAUUCAACUGUUUCAGGAUGGAUACGUACCACUGAAACCUGAUGAGGAAGCAAGGUUUGAACUUCCAUUCAUGGCAAUAUUUAACAGAGUUUUCGUAUCGAUAUACGAGGUCAAUGCGUCUGGAACUGACCUGUACUUCAAAGAACUUAUUGGUGCGAAUAAACGUUUGAUUAUUUCAAAGUAAAAAGAACUAACUUGUAGCGUCAACCACUGCAAUGAUCGGCGUGCAAUGUCUAUUUAACUACAAUACUGAUGAUUUUAUUUUUGCAAUCUAAAGGUUUAUUAAACUUAUCAAACUGGCUACAAGUAAUUUGCUAAAUGUAGGUUACAAAAUCGCAACUGAGGCAAUUUCACUAUAAGCAAAACAGUUAUUCAAACAUUAGUAGAGGGUAUAUGUACACAAACAGGGUUUAUUAAAGGAAGGUGUAUAGGGGAAUUGUCAGGUAUUUGAACUGACUGAAUAUUUGAACAAAAAGAAUUUACCAGGACAUCUCUUGUUUGCUAACUUUGAAUCUAGAUCAUUUUUUUUUGUUUUUGGAACUACCGAAGCAGUCCGUUUAUUUUCUUUAAAAAAAACAUCAAUAAUGUACAAUAACGAUAUUUACAAAUAAAAACUGUAAUAUGAUUUAUAUACCAUGUAACAAUCGUUACCUGUUUCAUAAUACAUUUGAUUUUUCUAAGAUGUUCUCAUAGUUGUCAAACUAAGUAAAAAAAAUCAUAACAUUGUCAAAAUCCAGUAUUUAAUUUGUAUCUGUAAAUUGCGCACAAUAGGCGGACAGCCUCAACAUAGUUUUGAUGGUGUCUUUAUUCGAUGAAUAUUCAUAAAAAAUAUAAAAUAUAAGAACAUCAUGUAACAGACCUUUGUUGAACGCGAAAAAAUAGGUCUGUUUGAUGAUUUUUGUGUAUUUAUAUUUAUGUGGAUACUCAAACAAUGUCUUUUAAGAGAGGCAAAUAUUUGAACAACAGAUAAUUACUUGACAUUUUGUUUUUGUAAUACACAAUGUAUUGUUCUAAUACAAGGAGGUCAUUAUAAAUAUUUUAGUCACAUUAAUAAAACAUGAACGCCUGUUACUUAAAAAAUAUGACUUGUAGAUACCAUAAGUUAACUGAGUAUAAUAUUAAUGUCUACGUAUUUACGAUAUGUCGGUUUAUAUCCAAUAACAAGAUAUUUCAUAGAUUUAAAUGAGUGAUUGAUGUGUAGCCUUUGGAAAGUUUUUUUAAUAUUCUCCCAUAGGGGUUUUACAUGCUGGCAGUCAAAAAUUAAUGCUCUGCAGUUUCUAUGUUGUUACAACAGUUACAAUAAGGACUAUCAAGAAUUUUCCAAAUAUAAAGAUUUUCAUUUGUUGGUACUAUUCUAUGAAUUAUUUUCAUUCGUAGUUGUUUGACCCUAUUGUCGACGAUUACAUUGUUUAAUAUACACAAAUGUAGUAAACACUUUACCAGUA